UAGAAGGUGGGUGGGUAAUUCUGUCACAGAUGAGUUGGCCCCCUGAACUCAGCUGCCAGCUCAUGUCCAGGGGACCUUAGUAUCUGGGACCAAGACAUUUUACUACAGUCAUGCCUUUUGCAGGGAGUUGAGCUCACCAGGAAUCAUCUGCCAUUUCAGACCCCUUGCUGCUACCUGCCAGGUGCCCCCCAGAGCUGAGAAGAAAUGGUGGAUUUCCCAGUCUUCCCGGACUUCUCCCAGGGAGUUCCUCUGCCCAGCAGUGUCUUCUUCCUCACCCAUCUCCUUCUUCUCCUCCAGCCCGGAGAGCUGAACUCAGAGGAGGUCAGGGUGGUGGGCCCUGGGGAGCCCAUCCUGGCACUCGUGGGAGAAGAGGUGGAGUUCUCGUGCCACCUGUCACCAUACCUGGAUGCCGAGGAUAUGGAGAUCCGCUGGUUCCGGAGUCAGACCUCUGAUGUGGUGCACCUGUACCAGGGGCGACAAGAGCUUCACAGCCAGCAAAUGGCGCAGUUCCGGAACAGGACCAAACUCAUCAAGGAUUAUAUCAUGGAUGGUAGCGUGAACUUGCAGCUCCGUGGUGUCAUUCCUGCCGAUGAGGGCCUGUAUGGGUGCCGUUUCCUCUCCAGCAACUUCUCCAGGGAAGCGGUCUGGGAGCUGGAAGUAGCAGGGCUGGGCUCAGACCCUCACAUCUCCCUCGAGGGCUUCAAGAAGGGAGACGUUCAGCUGAGGUGCAGCUCCAGUGGUUGGUACCCCAAACCCCAGGCUCAGUGGAAAGAUCAUAAAGGACAGUGCCUGCCUCCAGAGAUGGAAGCCAUUGUCCAGGAUGCCCGGGGCCUGUUUGAUCUGGAAACAUCUGUGGUUGUCCAAGGAGGUUCCCACAGCAAUGUGUCUUGCUCCAUCCAGAACUCUCUCCUGCUCCAGAAGAAAGAGUUCACCAUCCAGAUAGCAGACGCCUUUUUACCCGGAAGCUCCCCUUGGAAGAGGGCUUUCCUCGGGACUCUGGUUGGACUGCCUCUCCUCCUGGCUGCCCUCAUGACGCUGGCGCUGUACUUCCUUCAGAAGCAACGGAGGUGCCAAGAAAAUCUGAGGAAGCAGGCUGAGAAGGACAAAGAGAGACUCACAGCAGAGCUGGAGAAGCUUCAGACAGAGCUCGACUGGAGAAGGGCUGAAGGCCAGGCUGAGUGGAGAGCAGCCCAACAAUAUGCAGUGGACGUAACCCUUGAUCCAGCCUCGGCGCACCGCAGCCUGGAAGUCUCUGAGGAUGGCAAGAGCGUGUCCUCCUGCACAGCAGUGCCUGGCCCUGUGGUGGGGGACCCCCAGCGGUUCUCUGAGCAGACGUGUGUGCUGAGCUGUCAGCGCUUCUCUGCUGGCCGCCACUACUGGGAAGUGCACGUGGGCAGGCGCAGCCGCUGGUUCCUGGGUGUAUGUUUGGCCUCAGUGCCUCGCAUGGGGCCGGGGCACCUAAGCCCAGCCAAUGGCUACUGGGUGAUGGGGCUGUGGAACCGCUGUGAGUACUUCAUCCUGGACCCACACCGCGUUGCGCUCACCCUGCGUGUGCCGCCACGGUGUGUGGGCAUCUUCCUGGAUUGGGAGGCAGGAAAACUGUCCUUCUUCAAUGUGUCAGAUGGGUCCCACAUCUUCACCUUCACCCACACCUUCUCAGGGACUCUCUGUGCGUAUUUCAGGCCCAGAGCUCAUGAUGGUGGUGAACACCCAGAUCCCCUCACCAUCUGCCCAGUGCCUGUUAGCAGGACAUGCAUCCUUGAAGAGGAUGAAACUGAUAGCUGGUUAUAGCCCUAUGAGCCCUUGGAUCCCACCCUGGGCCUGUGGUGAGGCACUCUUUCCUGCCUGGGUCCUUGGCAGCUUCCAGGACACCUGGCUGGGAUUUGCUCUCACAUUUCCUCUAGAGUGGAGGAAACAUCACCAAAAUGUCAGCAAAGGCUAAAGACUCAGCACAGCAGAAGCAAACAAAAAGAGGAAUCUUUACCUAUAGAUGGGGUAUGCAUGAAUAUAUAUAUGUAUGAUUUUCUUUAAUGAAAAAAGGGAAUUCCAAAGCUUGUUUGUGUGUAUGAUAGGACUAAACAAAGGAGGAACAAUAAAUUCAUGUUGUUGGGAGCUGCAGUGCGUACUGUGGGAGACCAGAAAGAAACUGGAAUGGGGGGAAAAUGGUGGGUAACCUUACUGGAUUGGAUAAGAAGUAUCAGUUAACUUGUAUUUUUUAAAUAUUUUCUGUAUAUGUAUUCUAGCUCUAAAAUGUCUAGAAGCAAUGAUACCUCAAAGUAGUGAGUUCACUUAGGGCUUUUAAAAUGUCACUUCCCACUGAAAUGAACUUGGAGAAAUGGCUGAUUCCAGGGUUGGAGCAGAGAAAGUACAGGUGAAUCUGGAACAUCUUGUGUUCAAAUGUGCUCAGGAACUGAUGGGGCCAUAGGAACCAGGGUGGAGAUACUCCACUGACCAGUUACGGGACAGUUUGAACUUUAAAAUGAAUCAAGACAAGGAUGAAUAAUGACAAGAAUUGAUCAACAAGGGAUUGGGCAAGUAAGAAAAUUCCCUCUGUGUGCUGAGAGGUUUUUCAGUCAGAGAUGAAAUACAGAAUUACAGAAAGAGGAAAGAAGAAAAUGAAAGAGUAGCUCUGUGAACUCACAGUUUUUACAAUGUACAGAUAGAUGGAGCACACGCAUACACGUGAUAAAUAGGUAGACAGAUAGAUUUGUGUGUGCACACACAUGGUUCCUGGCUCUGUCAGUUUUGACAGGAACAAUAACGCUCCAGUACCAAUGAGCACACCUAGCAUCCAGAACUUAGUUUUUAGUACUAUUUUCCACUAAAAGGAACCAAGGCUCCUUCGAGAAGUGAUGGACUCCAGGGCUGAGUCAGGGAAAAUACAAGAUAGGUGUAAUAUUAUGAUUAAUGAGAAGUAUAUGGUCUUCCACCUAGAUUCUGGCACAGAACUAAAACCCUUAGACUUUCCUAAGUGAUAAGAGCUUUUGAUAUUCAUAACAUUGAUAAGUGUCUUUUGAUAUUCAUAACAAGCCCCUUUCAACCACACCUCAGUUAUGUUAGUGAAAUGACUUCUAGAAAGCCCCCUAAGGGUGGAGCUGGUUUUCAGGGGAACCAAGUAUAUGAUUAAAAGGUUGAAAUUUAGCCCCCCACCCCACCCCCACCACCCACCCCUAAACUCACAGAGUGAAGAAAGGCUGGAGAUUAAGUUCAGUCACCAGUUGUAGACCCACACCUAUGUGGUCAUUAAUCUUCUGCAAAACAGGAAAGAAUAUCUGAUGCAAAAAAGACAGUCUAUUCAACACAUGGUAUUGGGAAAACUGGACAACAACAUGAAAAGAAUGAACUGGACCAUUUUUUUAAA